GUUCAAACCGGCAUUGGCAGACAUUGGCAUUCAAAGCUCCUCCUUCUCCUCCCCCCUCCCCCCCCUUCGCGGGGCCUGGCAACCGCGAUGCGCCAGCCACGGGUGGCGCUGCUGGGCUGCGCCUGGGGCGGCGCGCUCGCGCAGGCGGGGGCGCAGAGUCAUGGUGGGCCUGAGGGCGAGCGCCGCCUGGUGCCCAAGACGGUGUUCUCAGCAGACAGGCGGCUGCUGGUGGUUGUGGGGCUCGAGGGCACCGGGCACCACUUCUUCGUGGCGCUGCUCAAACGGAAGAAGAAUCAAGGGAGCAGCUGGAUAUCGUGGCUCGGCGCUGGGCCCUCGCGGAGCAGGGGCAAGGCUACUGGGUGCAACUACGCCAUGGGCUUGGCCUGUCUGCUGGAGCUGCCCGGAAACUGGAACCAGUGGAACCUGGAGCGGCAGGUGAAAGACGCUGGCAGCCACAAGGCCUCCAGAUACGGCCCUGUGGGCGCCGGCUGGUCCCCGCAGUUUCUGACCGACGCCUCGGACAGCCUGAAGUUCGCGUUUGACCACAACCCGGGCUGGAUCGUCGCCCCCAAUCCGUACACCACAUCGUGGCCGAACGGCCACGGCUCCCACGAGAUGCGGAAAUCACACAUGGCGCCGAGCGUCCUGCUCCUGGCCCAGGCGGCCGAGAUGGCGGGCGCGGACAUGAGGGUGAUCCCCAUGCACCGCGACGCGGCGGAGCUGCUGCUGGCGGACUGCCGGCACCGGCACGACCUGGAGGGCUGCCCGGGCCAGGCCGACACCCUCGCCACGAACGCCCGGGAGUACGCCGACCAGAUGCGGCAGCUGGAUCCCGCCUUUUACGCCGGCAACUGCAUCCGGUACCACGACCUCGACAACAUCACCAGGGGCAUCCAGCACGCUCUGGCGGGGAGCCGCGCCACCCUGGGCGAGGACAUCGCGACGGCGGUGCGGGGUGCCUGGCGCAACAAGCACAGGGACCCCGAGGAGAGGCCCUGGAGCCGAGCGUCCAGAGGAUGGCCGAGCCCAUCCGGCCUCCGCUAG